GUUGACCUCUUGACUCUGAGGAAACCCGUCCCCCGGUGAGCCUCUGAUUUGGCCCAGCGCAUUCGGGCAAAACAGUCUUUUUUCUCCCUUUACUGGUCCAGUCAUUCGUUAAGAGACAAGGCCCUGUUUUGGGCUCGUAUACUCGGCAAGAUGGCCUUUUUAUCCAUUUUUUUGCUGGCAUCGCUCAGCAAUGCUGCUGCAAUCAUUCCAAGAAUGGCCCCGCCGGAAGUCUUGCCCACCGGGUGGGAGUAUAUGGGCUGCUACGUUGACGUUGGGCGCUCCCUGGGAGCUGCAGCCACAUCAUCAGGCGUAAUGACGGCCGAAGCUUGUAUAAACUUCUGCAUCUCCAAAGGAAUGCAGUUUGCAGGAACCGAGUACCACAAUGAAUGCUAUUGCGAUAGUGCUUUGGCUUCGGCGGCCACCCUGGCCUUGGACUCUGAAUGCAGUACUCCUUGUUCGGGUGAUGCAACUCAGAGCUGCGGUGGACCGAACAGGUUGACUGUUUACCACAGCACCCAGCCAGUGGGUCCACAGCCAAACCCUGGAGUCAACGGCUUCAACCACAUCGGCUGUUAUACUGAGGGCACCACUGCCCGCGCGUUACCUGUGGGUGGAGAUGUACCCAGUGCUGAGGUGACAGCGGCUACAUGCACAGCUUCCUGCCUGGCCAAGGGCUUCAAACUAGCAGGAGUUGAAUAUGGUGGAGAGUGCUACUUCAAACCGAGCAGACUGCGGUAACAGCCUCUCUACUGGGUCUGUACCUGCUGCAAGCGGCUGCAACACCCUUUGCAAUGGCAACAGCAGUGAAGUAUGCGGAGGACCUAAUAGGCUCAACCUCUACAACUGGCACGAAAACGAGUUGCCGACGGUCAGCGUGCCGCCUACUAUAAGCACCACAACCUCGGCCGCAACAGUACCGGGCUCAACAACACCACCACCACCACCCGUGGUCACUGGCCUCCCAGAGGGAUUUGAGUAUCAUGGGUGUUGGAUCGACGGCCCUAAUGGCCGAGCUUUGCCCGACUAUCAAGCUCCAGACUCCCAGACUCUUACACAGGAAUCGUGUGCUCAAAUAUGUAGUCAGCGCGGCUACACAAUCUCUGGUACCGAGUACUCUACGCAAUGCUUUUGUGCGAAUGCGAUAUAUAACGGAGGCUCCAAGACGACGGAAGCAGAAUGCUCUAUGCCCUGCAGCGGCAACGCAUCGCAGAAGUGUGGUGCCGGCAACAGAUUAACAAUAUUCUCCAAGGGCGAGCCGCAAACAUUCCUCCCGCCGGCACCACAGACAGGAGGCCUGGGCGAUUGGACGUACCAGGGGUGCUACCAAGACAACCUAAACGACAAGCGGACGUUUUACUGGCAGCUAUCAUUCCCCAACGUAAUGACACCCAAGAUGUGCCUGGAUCGCUGUGCAAAGUACGGCUACAUGGCUGCAGGUCUCGAGUAUGGCAAUGAGUGCUACUGCGGAGAUCCCCAGAACGUCGUCACGGCUGGGGUUGCCACGCCAAGACCUAGCACCGAGUGCAACGUGCCGUGUGACGGGAACCGCACGGCAAUUUGUGGAGGAGGCAGCAGGUUGAGCACAUACUUCUGGACCGGCACCCCAUUCUACUCGUGGACCUUCCCCCAAACCCCAGCCACGGCAGGACGCUAUGACUUCCUCAUUAUGGGUCAGACGAUCGCUUUGAUGACACAGGAGUCCAUAACUGGCAAAGUCACCUUCCUUUCCAAAUGGGGCACUGGCCCAGGCAAUGAGACGGGAGCGUACGAGCUUGAUGUCUCCAUGAUCCCGACCAAUCCCGCGGGAGCGUGGAGGACCCUCCAUGUGAAGACGGACAUCUUCUGCAGUGCGGGCGUGAUCUUGCCUGACAGAGGAGCCCGUCAGCUCAACGUAGGAGGUUGGUCAGGCGAGUCGACCGAGGGCUUGAGACUGUACUGGCCCGAUGGAACACCCGGAACACCGGGUGUACGAGACUUCCAAGAGAAUGUUCAGGAGCUGAGCCUGCAAAAGGGUCGAUGGUACCCGACCGCAAUGGUCAUGGCGAACGGCUCUGUGAUGGUCAUUGGUGGACAGGUUGGUUCCAACGGGGCGGCUGUUCCAUCUAUUGAGGUUCUGCCACACGCGCCGGGGAGUGCACCCCUUUACAUGGAUUGGCUCGACCGGACAAACCCGGACAACCUAUAUCCAUUCACUGCCGUUCUACCUGGAGGAGGUAUCCUGGUGACCUACUACAACGAGGCACGCAUUCUAAACGAGGUUACUUUUGAUACGAUAAAGCAACUACCCAACAUCCCGGGUGCCGUCAACAAUGACCUGGCAGGCAGGACAUAUCCCCUCGAGGGAGCCUCUGUGCUUCUGCCCCAGAAGGCGCCUUACACAGCGCCACUCGGCCUUCUCAUCUGUGGUGGCUCGUCCAACGGGGCUGCCAACGCUCUGGACAACUGCGUCUCAACCUACCCUGAAGCAGCAAACCCUGAGUGGGUCAUUGAGCGCAUGCCAUCCUUCCGCGUCAUGCCCUGCAUGGCACCGCUGCCCGACGGAACCUAUUUCAUCGGCAACGGCGCCCUGCACGGCGUCGCAGGCUUCGGCCUAGGCGUGGGGCCCAACCUGAACAGCCUGCUCUACGACCCUGAGAAGCCGGUUGGGUCGCGCAUCACCGUCGCUGCCAACACGACCAUCGCACGCUUGUACCACUCGGAGGCCAUCACGCUCCUCGACGGAAGAGUCUUGAUCAGCGGCUCCGACCCAGAAGAUGGUGUGAACCCUCAAGAAUACAGAAUUGAGACCUACACGCCGCCUUACCUUCUGAGUGGCAAGCCUCGGCCCUCUUUCACCAUCGUGAACAAGGACUGGGGCUAUGACGCCAACGUUGCCUUUUCAUUGGGGAAUGCCCCGAGCAAUGGUGCCAUUACUGUAACGCUCUUGGGUGCCGUGUCCUCGACUCAUGGCAACUCAAUGGGCGCACGCACUUUAAUGCCCGCCGUGACAUGCACCGGCACCUCGUGUACGGUCAAGGCGCCACCAAAUGCCCACGUCUGUCCCCCGGGUUGGUAUCAGUUCUUUGUGCUGGACGGCGGCAUCCCCGCCGUGGGUGUAUAUGUCAGGAUUGGUGGCGACCCGGCCGGCCUUGGGAACUGGCCUCCGGGUAACACGUUUACCAAGCCUGGUGUCGGACCUGUUUGAUAUUGACAAGAUACAUUUUGUUUUGCUCUAGCAAUAAGUCGCAAAUUUAGAUUUCGGGACUGAGCGUAUCAUUAUGAUGGGGCUUUCAGGACAAUAGGGUGUGCAUUUAUAUAUAAUGCUGCAGGAUUAAAGCAUCACAAGUCUCAUUUACAAUAUCUUUUAGAUACAUAGUUGUUUACUUCUCAUACACCGUUAACACGUUUAUCAAUCAUAACUGCAGAGGGAAACUUCCUAGGGCCAUCAAAACAAGUACUUGUCAGCGGUGUAUUAUCACAACGAAGAGAAGCAUAUUUUCUAC